UAGACCCAGCCCAGAUAAGAGCACUAGUGUUUCACAACACCAGAUCAUCUGCGGUACACUCGAGCGCAGGUGGCUCUUAUCCUCUUCUCUCCACCUCGGCAGCCAUGGCUCUCCUGUCCGUCCUCACGCCUGUCCUGGCGGUGGUCCUGUGCUUGGUGAUCGGCUUCAUGCUGGUCAAAACAAGAGACACCGAGACUAGCUCGACCUCGCCGGGGCCAACUAAAGAGACAUCUAAAGUGGACUCUAGACCCUGGGCGGAUCAGGAUUUACAGGACGAUACGGUCAUCUCAGCAAGAGAGGAAGAGGAUGGUGAUUGGGUGGAUGGCGGCGAGGAGGAAGAACUUGAACACGUUCCCUACACACCAGCACGUUACCCUGAGGAGAAGAUGCUGGAGCGAUCCAGGGAGUUUUACACUCUGCUGAACCAGCGGAGGUCCGUCCGAUUCAUCAGCCCAGAGCCGGUGCCACGAGAAGUCAUCGAUAAUGUCAUCCGCACUGCAGGUACAGCCCCAAGUGGAGCACACACAGAGCCCUGGACCUUCGUUGUGGUGUCAGACCCAGAGACGAAGCACCAGAUCAGGCAGAUAGUGGAGGAAGAGGAGGAGGUCAACUACCGUCAGAGGAUGGGGGACAAGUGGGUCAAUGAUUUGGCCAGGUUGCGGACGAACUGGAUUAAGGAAUACUUGGAUGUUGCUCCGUACUUGCUCCUCAUCUUCAAACAGACCUACGGGAUUCUACCAAACGGCAAGAAGAAGACACAUUAUUACAAUGAAAUUAGCGUCUCCAUAUCCUGCGGUCUCCUGCUGGCUGCAUUACAGAACGUGGGCCUUGUCACGGUCACGUCGACGCCCCUGAACUGCGGCCCCCAGAUCAGGCUCCUCCUGAAACGUCCAGCCAACGAGAAGCUGCUGAUGCUGCUUCCUGUUGGCUAUCCCGCCUCUGACGCCACAGUGCCUGACUUGAAACGCAAGCCUCUGGAUGACAUUAUGGUGCACAUAUGACAGAGUCAGUGUGCAGCCAACUGUACUUGGAGUCAUGCUAGUAUAACAGCGGUCUGGUAUAGCGAACAUUUAAUGAAUAGGAAAUAAAACAGCCAAUCAUGUGCAGUUUCUCUGCACAGAAAGACUUUUCUCUGGGGCAAAUGGCAUUUUAACAGUUAUUUUUUGUUUUACCAUGAUUUUUACAGUCUAUUUUGAGCUUUAUCUUGAUUAUCCAAGACCACUGAGAUUUGCAGAGACAGGUGUACAAACCCUGCACUGAAAUCUCACUUGGAAUGUUAAAUCAGUGAUGUCACUCUAUAUGCAGACAUACGAAGGUCAACCACACUUACUUUACUUCUGCCAAGAAGAAAAUACAUGUUCUCAGUUUUUUUUUUCCUUUUGGGAUUGCUUGUCUAAUCAUUAUCUCAAGAUUAAGAUAAAGAUAAUUGUUCUGUUUUUUCACGGAAAUGUGAGUAAUUGAACAUUUAUUGAAAUAACUAAUCAUUUUUUUGUCUAAGAUUGAAGGAAGCCUAUGUCUUAUUAGUGUUUACACCCCAAAAAAAGGGCGAAUCAGAUUUUUAUAAGCACAGGAGUUGUAUGACAGACCAUGUAAAUCUUAAUUAAUUCAUCAGGUAUCAUCAAACCCAUUUACAAGGCUACAGCCAUGGUGUUAAAGUGGCAGGAUCACAGUCUGUAUGGUUGCCUGGAGUGGGGGCCAUGAAAUAAGAUCUUAUAAAAAAAAAAAAUUCACUAAAAUA